CUGGUUUUUUGCUUCUGUGGCAGGCAUCUAUUAAAGGAGGCAAUGGAAUGGCCGCUCAGUUUGGUGGAGCGCGUCGUGUGGACUGGUACUGGUCAAAUCGCCGUCGCUGCCGUCGCUUGUUUGUACAAAACGGACAUGAGUUUCAAAAAGCAACGUGGUCGGAGGAAGAAACCAAGACGCUCAUACGGCUCUGGGAAGAGCACCUUAGCGACCUACGCGCAAAGCGCAACAUAAAAGUUUACGAUGCCAUCCGGCAAAAGCUGGAAGAGUCGGGCUUUAAGAAGACAACAAAGGAGGUCAAAAAGAAAAUGGAAAACCUUGGGAACAAAUACAGGCUCAUAAAGCGGAAGGAGACAGGAACGGGGCCAGGGGCCAUAGCCUGGCCUUACUACUGGGACCUGCACCGGUUCCUCGCUUCACUUCCAUUGCACGACGAAAGCCUUGUGCAGGAGAGCUCCUGCACUGAACGUGUUUCCCCUGCACAGGAGGUUCUAAACGGCAAUGUGCGAUGCGAAGUUGAUGAGCCUGGCAGUGCCGUUGACGAAUGCUCACCACCGCUCAGCAUGGCAACACCUUCGCCGAGCAGUUCAUCAGGAGCGCACAGCUCGCUGCCAUCUGUUCCCUCUCUGGCAUUGCCCAUCCCCAGCUGCGAAGAUGACUCGCAUCACCAGAAGGAGACGGUAGCUACUAAGCGAAAGCGGCUGCCAGCCACGAAUACACUAUUGACGCAGCUUCUGGAGGAGCAGCGUCAGCUUCGCCUUUCAAUGGAGUCAAGGCGAGACCGGGAACUCAAACUGAAAGAAGAGCAACUGAAGCUCUUGCAGAAGUUUUCUAAAACCGACGAUAAGCUUCUCGCCAUUUUAAGCGACAUGGCAAAGAAAUAA